AUGAAGUCUGCAGCAAAGAACUUUGUCCGACGAGUUCGGAGCAAGUCACCCUUCCGGAGACGAAAACGUGCCGAUACCCUUGUUGCAGAGAUACGUCAAAAGGAAGAAGCUUACCUGAAACAAUUGAAUGCACCCGAGGACCGAGAUCGAGCCCCACAUGGCCAACCAGAUGAUGUCGCCGAAAUUGAAGUAGUUCUCGAGUCCUCUUCAUUGGACUUUGGUGGCGCAAAGAGUCAAGGGAAUGGCAGUCAAGGAGAGAAACCGUACCGAAAAGAUGAAAUCAUCCCGGAUCUCGCCGCCUCGUCCACUGGAAGCACCGAAGAUCCACCUGUCUACAGCGCACAAGCGGCAGCUCGUCGCUUUAUGGAGAGACAGCAAAAGCUUGCCGCUGGCAAUCGAAGAAAGAGCUUCCGUGAUCGUUUCAUGCGACCUUCCAAGAGUUCGCCUAUUCCUCCUCCUCCCCAGCCUCCUUCACCAGCCAGAAGUACCAAGCAGAUGGGACUCUUAAUCCGAGGUUGCAAGUCAUCUGGGUCUUCGUCAACUUCUACCACCACCACCAACGACAUGCACACACCUCCGAAGGCUCUAGAGCGAGGACGUUCCCGAGAACGAGCCACUCGUGGUGCUCCCUCAUCUCUCCGUGCAAGUUCCAAGUCGAGCCAACAGUCUGGUGGAAGCAAGCGAACUGGGGAUCCAAUCAAGAUCAUCCCUGCCAAGGAAGAUCCACCACCAAAACCAAAGCCUCAUUUUCUCUUUGGGUCGAAUUCUGGUCACUCAUCACAGUCUGUUACCGGUAUGAUUGAAGUGGGCUCACAAAGUCGUGUCAGUGAUUUGAGUGCCCCUGCGGCCAUUAUUCGCCAAGAGUCGCUAGGCAAUGAAUCUAUCCGAGGAGUCCGACAAGCACUGCAGAAAAUGGAGCUGGAGCUGGCCGCGGCUGGUAAUGCCGGGAAGCGAGUACCAAGAGACAAGAUCAUGAAUGCCCUCACCUUUGUGGCCAAUGCUCUGCAUCGGGAUGAUCAAAAGGAGGCGUUGGUCAAGGAACUGGAUGCUUGGAUUGAUGAAUCAGUGAUGGGUGAUCGUGGACGAAGGGUAGUUGCAGAUGAAGAAGACGAUGAUGGAAGUGACGAUGAUGAAACGUCUUAUUCUGACGAUUGCAGUAGUACCUUUGAUCUAGAUGCAUUCGACGAUGGAGGAUCCAUUGGCCCACACAAGAGUCAACAAUCUCAGGGUUCAUUCCCCGACCUGAUGAACCGACUCGGAAAGUUUUUCACAAUCAGCGACGAGGACAAGACAGCUGUAAAACAAGCUCUGGAUGAUCUUUUACUAUCCGAGUUUGUUUCUGAUAAACCGGCGCGAUCAAGAAAUGGAUCGCGGUCGACACGACAUCCUGACAGCGACUCGGACGGAGACUCGAUUGGGGAAUUUGAUCCAACCCUAGCCUGCAGUAUUCACGUCCCCAAGCCUGAAGAUGACGCUCGGGGUCGGUCAUGGUGGAGACGACAUGGUAUUGCGGCUAGCGGGGUCAUGAAGAAGGAGAACCUGUAUCCCAUGGCAGACAGGGCGCCUUCUCCAGAGUCGAAACUGUCGGUACCAUCUCCAACCGGCAAGGUAAACCCACGUUUGCUCAAGCCCAAGCCUAGUGUAAGCAGCGGCAGCAGCAAAUCCUCGGGUAGAUCUCGCACUCAAAGACAGCAUCAGCCAGCAGCCUUGAAGGAACGGCCUCAAGUCCGGCACAAGGUACACGAAGACUCGGAUACGAGUGUAGGUUGGAGCAGCCUCGAUGAUAGCGAGUUUUGGCGCAAAGGAGACAGAUACACUAUUCCCAAGCAUCCCAAGGCAUCGACGCAGCAAGUCAAGUUCGCGAAUCCACAUUACAAACUGGCCUAUUCCAACACACGUCGGCCAGAGUAUGAUCGCUUUGAAACAGAGUUUCUCGCUCCGAAGGAAGAAGACGAGUUUGCAGAAUGGGACGAAGCUUGCCUCCAUCCUCCCGAGAACGUCAGCCACAGAAGACAAGCUGUUUGA